AUGUCAAGUAUUCCGGAAGAGAUUUACCAUGAGAUUCUUUUGAGUUUACCAGUUAAAUCGUUGCUGAUAUGUAAGUCUGUUUGCAAGAAUUGGUAUUCCCUAAUCUCUACUUCUGAUUUUGUUCAAUUGCACCUUCAUUUUACUACCCAGAGAAACAACCCUAUUCUCAUGCUUGAAGGUUCUCCUUCUGAUAAGGUACUUAACUUCAUUGGCUAUGAUUCAUUGGCAUCAUCAGUGUGUGAAUUUGAAGAUGCUGCUAUUGAAAUGCAUUACCCAUUUAAAUCUUCUUUACAUUACCAUGUUCGAUUGGUGGGAUCAUGUAAUGGUUUGGUUUGCAUAUUGUUGGUUGACAAUGAUUUUGAGGGUUUUCUUUGUCUUUGGAACCCAGCCACAAGAGAAUAUAAGAAAAUAGCAAUACCCAGUUUUUCAAUUAUGAAUUAUGAAGUAGCUGCUUUUGGUUAUGCUCACAAGACUGAUGAUUACAAGUUGGUGGUAGGUUUUAUGGAAUCAGGUGCUCUUCUAAUCAAGGAUAGUACCCUAGUACAAGUCUAUACAUUAGCAUCAAAUUCAUGGGAACCUAGGCAAACUGUACCUUAUCAGUUUCCUUAUUAUAUGCAAAGACAUGGAGUGCUUGUUAAUGGAGACUUUCAUUGGUUAGCCAUAGCUCAGGAUAAGUUUUUCUUACUCUGUUUAGAUAUCAGUGAUGAGAGUUUCAAGGAACUGCAACUACUACCAAUAGAACUUUUGGAUCAAAAACAUAAUCCAUGUAUAAAUCUGGGAGUGUUGGAAGGGUGCCUUUGCGUAAUUUUCACCUCAUCUGUUAAUGAUGUUACGAUUCAUCGUGAAGUGUGGGAGAUGCUGGAUUAUGGAGUUCAAGAAUCUUGGACUAGACGUUAUAUCAUUACUCAUGAGAACAUUAUCAGAAACCUUUUUUUUUAUGUAAGUCCGUUGUGGUGUUAUGAGAAUGGUAAGAUUCUAUUCAUGAAUGCUGGCAGACUAGUUUUGUAUGACCCAGAACAUGGAAGUGCUAGAGAACUACAUGAACAUCGUAAUGUCUCCAGGCUUGCCGGAAAUUACAUUGAAAGCUUAGUUUCUCUCAAGUCUGGUACUUAUGUUGGGGGAGAAGGGAGAAUAGAGGAAUUAAGAGAAACCUGA